AUGAAACAGAUAAUUAAUGAAAAAAACCUUCCUUUAUUUCCUAUCUAUCUAUCUAUCUAUCUAUCUAUCUAUCUAUCUAUCUAUCUAUCUAUCUAUCUAUCUAUCUCAUCCUGGUCUGUUCAUUCUAUCUAUCUAUCUAUCUAUCUAUUUAUCUAUCUAUUAUACACACGAAAGCUGUCAAUAUUUGAUUCCAAUUCAUCUAUCUAUCUAUCUAUCUAUCUAUCUAUCUAUCUAUCUAUCUAUCUAUCUAUCUAUCUAUCUAUCUUCGUUCUGGAGAUUUUCCUCUUUGCAUUUGAUGGCUCGGUUUUGCUUCCAUAUUUAUUUUUCUUUUCUUUUCUUUUCUUUUCUUUUCUUUUCUUUCUUUCUUUUUUUCUUUCUUUCUUUCUUUCUUUCUUUCUUUCUGUCUUUGCUUGUUUGAUAGUUACUUUCUUCUUCCAUAUAUUCCAGGAAAAAGUUUCUUUUUUUCUUUCUUUCUUUCUUUCUUUGAUGGUUACUUUCUUCAUCCAUAUCUUCCUGAAAAGUUUUCCUUCGUUGUCUUUUUUGUUAAUCCGUUUCUUUCGUGUUGUUGAUUUUCUUUUCUUUUGUUUUAUUAGAUUCUUUUUUUUCUUUCAUUCAUUUAUUUGCUUUUCACAUUUUAUGAUUGUUUCCUUCGUUUUGUUUAUUUGUCUUUCUUUCUUUCUUUCUUUCUUUCUUUCUUUCUUUCUUUCUUUUCCUUUCUUUUUUUUUUUCUUUUCGCUUUUUCUCAACCUUCCUUCCUUCCUUCUCUCCUUCCUUCCUUCCUUCCUUCCUUUUUCCUUCUCUUCCCUUCCUUCCUUCUCAACCUUCCUUUUUUCCAUUCCUUCCUUCUCAAUCUUCCUUCCUUCCUUCUCAACCUUCCUUCCUUUCUUCUCAACCUUCCUUCAUUUCUUUCUUCCUUCUCCUUCCUUUUUUCUUCCUUCCUUCCUUCUCAACCUUCCUUCCUUCCUUCCUUCCUUCCUUCUCAACCUUCCUUCCUUCCUUCCUUCCUUCCUUCUCAACCUUCCUUCCUUCCUUCCUUCCUUCCUUCUCAACCUUCCUUCCUUCCUUCUCAACCUUCCUUCCUUCUCAAUCUUCCUUCCUUCUCAAUCUUCCUUCCUUCCCUCUCAACCUUUCUUCCUUCUCUUCCUUCCUUCCUUCCUUCCUUCCUUUCAAUCUUCAACCUUCCUUCCUUCCCUUCCUUCCUUCCUCAAUCCUUCCUUCCUUCCUUCCUUCCUUCCUUCCUUCCUUCCUUCCUUCCUUCCUUCUCAACCUUCCUUCCUUCCUUCUCAACAUUCCUUCCUUUCUUUCUUCCUUCUCAACCUUCCUUUUUUCUCAACCUUCCUUCCUUCUCAACCUUCCUUCCUUCCUUCUCAACCUUCCUUCCUUCCUUCUUUCCUUCCUUUCCUUCCUUCUCAACCUUCCUUCCUUCCUUCCUUCUCAACCUUCCUUCCUUCCUUGCUUUCUUCCUUCCUUCCUUCUCAAUCUUUUCUUCCUUCCUUCCUUCCUUCUCAACCUUCCUUCCUUCUCAACCUUCCUUCUCAACCUUCCUUCCUUCCUUCCUUCCCCCUUCUCAACCUUCCUUUCUUCUCAAUCUUCCUUCCUUCCUUCCUUCCUUCCUUCCUUCCUUCCUUCCUUCCUUCCUUCCUUCCUUCCUUCCUUCCCUUCCUUCUUAACCUUCCUUCCUUCCUUCCUUCCUUCCUUCCUUCCUUCCUUCCUUCCUUCCUUCCUUCUCAAUCUUCCUUCCUUCCCCUUCAACCUUUUCUUCCUUCUCAAUCUUCCUUCCUUCCUUCCUUCCUUCCUUCCUUUCCUUCUCAACCCUUCCUUCCUUCAAUCUUCCUUCCUUCCUUCCUUCCUUCCUUCCUCAACCUUCCUUCCUUCUUCAACCUUCCUUCCUUCCUUUUUUUCUCAACCUUCUUUCUUCCUUCCUUCCUUCCUUCCUUUUCUUCCUUCCUUCUUUCCUUCCUUCCUUCCUUCCUUCCUUCCUCAAUUCCUUCCUUCCUUCCUUCCCUUCCUUCCUUUUUGCUUUCUUCCUUCCUUCCUCCUUUCUUCUUCCUUCUUCUUCCUUCCUUCCUUCUUUCUUCCUUUCCUUCUCAACCUUCCUUUCUUCUCAACCUCCUUCCUUCUCAACCUUCCUUCCUUCCUUCCUUCCUUCCUUCCUACCUUCUCAACCUUCCUUUCUUCUCAAUCUUCCUUCCUUCCUUCCUUCCUUCUCAACCUUCCUUCCUUCCUUCCUUCCUUCCUUCCUUCUUAACCUUCCUUCCUUCCUUCCUUCCUACCUUCUCAACCUUCCUUCCUUCCUUCCUUCCUUCCUUCCUUCCUUCCUUCCUUCCUUCCUUCCUUCUCAACCUUCCUUCCUUCAUUCGUUUCUUUCUUUCUUUCUUUCUUUUAAUGUCUCUUCUCAGUGUUUUGUUUGUUCGUUUCUUUCGUCUUAUUUUUCAUUUUUUCUCAUAUUUUCUUUAUCUUUGUCUCUUCUUUAUCUGUCUUUCUUUUUUAAUGUUUCUUUUUAAAAAAUUUAUUUGUACGUUGCUUUCGCUUAGCUUUUUUCUUUUGUAUUUUCUGUCACGUUUUCCUUCUCUUUGUCUCUCUCUUCUUGAUUAUAUCUUUCUUCUGUUCCUUUUAUUUUGCUUGUUUUUCUUUUCUUUUUUUAUCUUCUCCUUCCCUUCGUCUCUUUUCUACCUUUUUUCUUCCUUUUUUUUUAUCUUUCUUGCUUUCUUUCUUUUUUCAUAUCCAUCAGUUUAUUUCGCCUGUUCUCUUUCCCUCUCUUUUUUUUUUUGUUUUAAAUUCUUUCAACUACAUUUCUUCGAUUUUCUCAGAGUCUCUUUUCCUUUUCUGAUAUUUCUUUAUUUUCUACUCCUUUCUUCAUUUUCUUUCCAAUACGUUUCUAUUUUGCCUCUUCUUUCUUUCUUUCUUUCUUUCUUUCUUUCUUUCUUUCUUUCUUUCUUUCUUUCUUUCUUCACUUUACUGAAUUAUCAUCGAUCUUAUUUGCUGCUUUUCUUUCAUUUUUUCUUUCAUUUUUUCUUUCUUUCUUUCUUUCUUUCUUUCUUUCUUUGUCAUCUAUCUUAUUAUUCUUUCUUUCAUUUUUUCUUCUCUUUUCUCUUAUUUGCUGUUUUUCUUUCUUUCAUCAUCUUAUCUAUUUAUCCUUCAUCUUAUUCCUUCUUUCUUCUAUCUGAUUUGUUGCUCUUUCUUUCUUUCUUUCUUUCUUUCUUUCUUUCUUUCUUUCUUUUACAGCUCCAUAAUAUUACAUCCUCUUUUAUUUAUAAUUUGUUUAGCUUUUACCAUCUUUUCUCCUUCAUUUUUAUUCACUUUUCCCAACCUUUUACUUUGUCCUUUUUUAUCUUAUUUAUAUCAAUUCUUCUUCUUCUUCUUUUCUUCUUCUUCUUCUUCUUCUUCUUCUUCUUCUUCUUCUUCUUCUAUGGGAAGACAAUCGCGCCAAGAAAAACAUCUGGCCCCCAUCCUGGUGUUACAAAUAUUUACUGCCCUUUUCAACUUCCGUUUUUUGCACAAAUCCAACCGAGCUUCACACCCCGCUGUCCAUUUCUAUCUAUCUAUCUAUCUAUCUAUCUAUCUAUCUAUCUAUCUAUCUAUCUAUCUAAUUUAUUUCUAUCUCAGUCAUUUUUCUUUCUUUCUUUCUUUCUUUCUUUCUUUCUAAUCCAGCUUCUAUCUACAUAUUUACCUGCCUAUCAUCUAUCUAUCUAUCUAUCUAUCUAUCUAUCUAUCUCAAUGCAGUAA